CUCCCUUCCCCCUGAGAGCCCAGCCCCCAGUGCCUUAGUCCCUUGCCCUCCCCUGCCCAGUAUCCAGCCUCCCUUGGACACACUCCACUGCUUGUUGCUGUUGCUGCAGCCACCCCCUGCGGCCGUUCACACACCAGCCACCUCCUCAGGGCCAGCGAAAUGCAGUUUGAGAUGCACGACAACGUGAAAGGCAAAGCCAUGUCCUACCCAGUGACCAGUCAGCCUCAGUGCGCCAGUACCUGCUACCAGACACAGCUCAGCGACUGGCACACAGGCCUCACCGACUGCUGCAACGAUAUGCCUGUCUGUCUGUGCGGGACUUUCGCUCCCUUGUGCCUGGCCUGCCGCAUCUCGGACGACUUCGGCGAGUGCUGCUGUGCGCCGUACCUGCCCGGAGGCCUGCACUCUCUGCGCACUGGCAUGCGCGAGCGCUACCACAUCCAGGGCUCCGUCGGACACGACUGGGCGGCCCUCACCUUUUGCCUGCCGUGCGCCCUCUGUCAGAUGGCGCGGGAACUGAAGAUCCGAGAGUAAGGAGGUUCCCACGUUCCUCCUCCUGAGUCCUCUGGUUACACCUGGCCUCCUGGGGCCCCUCCUGGGAGAGCCUGUCCCACUGCCCCUGUCCCACCAAAAAAUACACCCACAAUAAAAACCGGAAAACCAA